ACUGAUUAAAUAUGUGUUCAUUUUUUAAAAAUAGAUUUAUUUUCUGCCUUCACAUUUAACAGCAUAUUGUCUCUAUCACUCAUUUUAGAUUUGCUUGUUUGUUUAGUUAAGGCUUUGUGUUGAUUGGCUAUAUUUGUAUUGGUUCUCACUGAAUAUCAGAUAUAAUCUCUGUUAUAGAUAUACCUUGACCAGGCAUAACAUUAUGACUACCUGCCUCAUAUUGUCUUGGUCCCCCUUUUGCUCCCAGAACAGCCCUGAUCCAUCAUGCACUGUGUAUUCUGACACCUUUCUAUCAGAACCAGCAUUAACUCCUUCUGUUGGAUCGGAUCACACGGGCCAGCCUUCGCUCCCCAUGUGCAUCAAUGAGCCUUGGCUGCUCAUGACCCUGUCGCUAGUUCACCAUUGUUCCUUCCUUGGACCACUCUUGAUAGAUAGUGACCACUGCAGACCAGGAACACCCCACAAGAGCUGCAGUUUUGGAGAUGUUCUGAUCCAGUCGUCUAGCCAUCACAAUUUGGCUCUCGUCAAACUCGCUCAAAUCCUUACACUUGCCCAUUUUUCCUGCUUCUAACACAUCAACUUUGAGGACUACCUAAUAUAUCCCACCCACUAACAGGUGCCAUGAUGAGGAGAUAAUCAGUCUUAUUCACUUCACCUGUCACUGCUCAUAAUGUUAUGCCUGAUCAGUGUGUGUGUGUGUAUGUAUAGAUAGAUAGAGAGAGAGAGAGAGAGAGAGAGGGAGAAAUGAACAUGCAGAGGAAUCUGCAAAACAUUGUAAAAAAAAUUUUUAACUGGCAGAUUUAUAAAUGGACUUGUUUUCUUAUCAUUCACUGUGUGUUGCACGGCAGAAACAUAGUGACUUGUCUAACAGCCUAGCAGCUUUAAGGAGAUUUAGGAUUUGGAGUGCUUUACAGAUGGGGUAAGGAAGGAUUUAGAAAAGAAACCACAUGGAAAAACCUCAGUGCAGCUCGAAAGCAGAAUGGCAGAGCUAGCUUAUUCCAGGAUAAAUUUGUACAUCAGGAUGUAUAGUGGUCAGGAUAAAAACUACUUUUUUGUGAGUGAGAAGACUGAAGAAGGUCUGAAGUCAUCAGAUUGCCUGAAUGUUGUGUGCAGCACAGACUACAACCUGUUCUGAGACUCUUAAACACACAUGGACAGGAGGACUGUUAGGUACAACCUCAGAACAAUAUGGAUUCACUCAGUUCUGCUUUAGGAGCUAUCAGUGUCACCACAGAGCUGGUUGUGGAAGAACUGGAACCUCACAUAGAAACCCUGCUGACUGCAGUGGUAAAAAAGAAGAGCAGCAUAGCUGAGCAGGUGGUAGAGAGUGGCAUUCUGCCGGUCCUGGCUCAGGCCUUGAGGAGGAAAAGCACCCUCACUGUACAGACAGCCAGACUGGUGGCUGAGCUCUCCAAGGAGGCCUGCUUCAGAGACAGCUGCUUUGAGACUGGAAUUGUAUCAGCUCUUCUGACUCUGCUGCUCAGUGAGAACCAGGAGCUACUGCUGCAUGUUAGCCGAGCCAUCGGGAGAAUCUGCUGUAACAGCAAUCUGCAGCAGGACAGGCUGUUGAGACUGGGAGCUGUCCCCAGACUGGUGUCUGUGCUGCUGCAGUAUUGUGAGAAUGAGGCUUUGUUGAGCUCCUGUCUGCUGGCUCUGUGUAAUCUGGCUGGUAUGGAUGAAGAGGAUGGCUCUACACUUGUCUGGGAGAAAAGAGGCCAUUCUGACGAGGACAUGCAUGUGUUCCAUGGCACUUCUCAGCACUCGUUUGGUUUUGUGUCCACAGUGACGGUAAUCCGGCUAAACCAGUGGUCUCAGGGACAGUACUCAGUAAGCGUGGAAGUGGUUCAGAAAUGUUCCACUCUCUUAAAGAAGGAACACAACAGACGACAGACUGAACGACGCCUGCUAAGUUUCACAUGCCUGGGCUUUUUCCCCAAAUUCUACAAGAUUAUAAAGCACUCUGUGAGGAACAUUGCUAAGAACAGGAGUCGUCUGAAGUCAACAUUGUUUCACACUUUCUUGUGAGGAUAAAUCACAAACAGACAAUGGAGAAAAAAUGAAGAAAACAAGAUAUGGACCACCAGCAUCCUGAAACUCAGGAUAACGAGACAUCUCUAUCUGCUUGUCAGUCAUGUUUCCUGUCAGAAAACGGAAAGCUUUCAAAAAUCAGAAACCUUUCUAACCUUGGUAACCAUAGGGCUCGUGUUUUGUGAAGCAAGGCCUUUGAGGAAACCCUGAAAGGACUGUAUUUGUAUGAAUGAUAGUGGUUUCAAAAUAGCUUCAGCUAACUUUCACUGAAAUCACUAAAUAUCAUUAGUUCUCCUUAUGUAAAUAAGAAUAAGUGCAUUAUUGCUAUGCUGAUAUUAUAUUUAUUGUACAUAUCAUAUAAUAUAUGCAAAGUCCAAACAUAAUUUUGCAUAUUGAGGUAUCUAGACACAUUAAGGGUUUUUUUUAUUUGUUUGUUUUGCUUUGCACUUAGCAUAAGAAGGAAUGGAGGCUAAGGUGCAAUCUGUUGUUUGCAUCAGUCUGUUUGUAUCUAAGAGGCCUUAUACUACUCGAGUCCAUGAUUGUGAGCUGCAGAGAGAGGCUUCACUGUUUUGUAUUCACAAAAUGUUUUUCAGAGCCUUGUGUUCAUUAUGUAAUGCAAAUGAAGAAGCAUGACUAACAUCAUAAUUGGUUUUCUUCAUCAUAAUAUAACCAGCGGUUACAGGCACUUCACUUCUAUUUCAUCAAUA